ACUUGUAGCCAGUGGCAAGUGAGGCAGCAGCAGCUUGUAGCUAUAGCUGCCUUCUCCCCACGGGAAACCAAAAUUCGAUUCCAAUACGCACGCGCACGCGGAAGCAACGCACCCCGAGCGGCUGAGCCGGCUGACCUCCAGGGCCAGAGCCAUGGAGCAGCGGAGAAGGGGCGGCUGCUUCUGCUUGCUCGCCGUGGCGGCGGCGGUGGUGGCGGUGGCGGCCGGUGGCGAGGCGAAGCUGUCGCCGGACCACUACCGCAGGACGUGCCCGCGCGUGGAGUCGAUCGUGCGGUCAGCCGUGGCCAGGAAGGUGAGGGCGACCUUCGUCACCGUCCCGGCCACCCUCAGGCUCUUCUUCCACGACUGCUUCGUCCAGGGCUGUGACGCGUCGGUGAUGAUCGCGUCCGGCAGCAACGACGCCGAGAAGGACGCGCCGGACAACCAGUCCCUCGCCGGCGACGGCUUCGACACCGUCGUUCGCGCCAAGGCCGCCGUCGAGAAGGCCUGCCCCGGCGUCGUCUCCUGCGCCGACGUCCUCGCCCUCGCCGCCCGCGACGUCGUCUCCAUGUCGUCGGGCCCGAGCUGGACGGUGGAGCUCGGCCGGCUGGACGGGCUCGUCUCCAAGGCCGGCGACGUCACGGGCAGGCUGCCGGGCCCGGACAUGCGGCCGGACGCCAUCACCGCGCUGUUCGACGGCAACGGCCUCGCCGUGCGCGACAUGGUCGCGCUCUCGGGCGCGCACACCGUCGGCUUCUCCCACUGCGCGCGCUUCGCGGGGCGGCUGUACCGGCGCGGCGCGGCGGACCCGUCGUUAAGCCCGUCGUACGCGCGGCAGCUGAUGGCGGCGUGCCCGCCGGACGUGGACCCGACCAUCGCCGUCGACAUGGACCCCGUCACGCCCACCGUGUUCGACAACAAGUACUACGCCAACCUGGCCGCGGGCCUGGGGCUGUUCGCCUCCGACCAGGCGCUGCACGACGGCGCGGCCUCGCGGCCGGCCGUGGAGGGGUUCGCCGGGAACCAGACGCUCUUCUUCGAGGCGUUCAAGGAGGCCAUGGUGAAGCUGGGGAGGGUCGGGGUGAAGAGCGGCGGCGACGGGGAGAUCAGACGAGACUGCACCGCCUUCAACUAGUAGGAGAGGAGGAGGCCGGCCGACGGGCGCGGUGCACUAGCUUGUACUACUAAUUGAGAAAUGUUAUACGGUCUUGAUGGAUGCAUUGAUAAAAAGAAAAAAAGAUAUAAAUGCACGCAAGUAGUAGCACGCACAGUCUGAUCUGCAAUUGUCUA